CAUCCCGCCGCCCACUGAAAUGACCGAAUCGUAGGACUUGCUCGCCGUUUGGUCCAACUACCCGGGGCAACAUCGGCAAAUCCUCCCUCGAAUAAAUCGGAGGCAAGCCUCCGUCUUUUGUCUCCCUCCUCUUGCGCCUACCAGCCCGUCUUCUUCUCCCUCCGUCGCCGCCGCAGCCUCGCCCUCUCCGUCGGUCGGUCACCCAUCUUCCAUGGCGUCUGCUUCGACCGCUAACCGAUGGCUGAGGCCCGAAGUGUAUCCGCUGUUUGCAGCGGUUGGGGUAGCGGUGGGAAUUUGUGGUUUCCAGCUGGUCCGCAACAUUUGCAUCAACCCUGAAGUCAGGGUCAGUAAGGAAGGCAGGGCUGCAGGCGUGCUGGAAAACUAUGCUGAGGGAGAAAAGUAUGCAGAGCAUGGUCUCAGGAAAUUCCUUCGCACAAGGGCCCCUGAAAUCAUGCCAUCUAUUAAUAGAUUCUUUGCCAAUCCGAAAUAAAGCAUGUGCAUCUGAGCUACCUGAAUUUUCAUGAACCUCCUCUUUCUGUUCUACUUGCUGAAUUGGUGAAGAACUUUAUAUAGCUUUGAGAUUGUCAUGCAAUUGACUGUUGUUUCACUUUAAAUGUGCACUUGCCUCAGUAACAUGUACCUCAAGGAGAUUUAUGACCAUCACUAUGUCUGUUGUUUGUUUCUUUGGUUGCUUAAAGAAAGGAUUAAUCUGUCACUCUUGCAA